GUCUCGCGCUAGUGUGUUAGUGUAAUUGUUUUAUUUCUUUCAUUAUUUUGUAGUUUGUUUUAAAAUUUUAUAAUUUUUAUUGUGAAUUUUUAAUUUUUCUCUUUAGUGUCUAUUUCAAAUUAUUUUCCGUUUAAUUUAUAGUGAAGUUGCUUAGAUUGGUGUUAAAGUUUAUAGAAAAUUUCUCAACUGUAUCUGACAAGAAUAUUUAUCUUGUUUAAUAAUUAUAAUGAAUCAUCAAUGGUUCAGCAGAGACGUUUAAAAAAUUUAAGCUAAAUGCAGUGGAAAAAAUAAAACAAACUGUAUGAUAAUUUACACAUUAUGUCUUGUGUGCGGGAAUCAUCACCGCAGUCGGAACAUGUGGUCAAUCAGAGAUCAGAACCAAAAGUACGUCGAUUUAAUCCACUCAGACGUCUGCGUCAAAUGUUCAAACGUAAAGCUCAUAGUCCUGAACCCAAUGAAGUUAAGUCAUGUGACAACAUUGUAGAACCACCUAGUUUGGAUACGUCUAGAAGUCGUUCGACUAGUCAGCUGAUUGACGAGCCAUUUACCAGGAGGCGAAGCUUACACUCCACUAUACUAAGUGUUAGCCAUGACAGUGUAUUCAACCCUGAACAACAUUCUGGUCAAUCCGAUUCUGAAUCUGCUGUAUCCGUACCGCGGUUAGGUUUUCCUCAAGCCAAUAUACAGGCUGAAUUACUAGAAGCGGUAAGAAGGCGAAGAAAAAUUCAAGAUGACGAUGAUAGUUUUGACAAUGAAGAUUUAGGACUCCCACGAAGUCCAUCAAUGCAUUCUCCUACUAUUGCCACUGGCAACGAUCUCCGAUUGAGCAAAGAGCUGAUAACUAAAUCUUCACAUAGUACAUGCAGCGAUGGAUCACUCCUUAGCAUGGGCAGUUCCGAAAUGGAUGAAGAUUCUUUUGGAGCUCACAAUUCUCGACAUUCGUCAAAAAUAUCGUUACAUGACAAGCGCACAUCUCAAACUCAUUUAGACAGUUCGGACGGUGACUAUUCGACAAGUGUUCCUCUUAGUCACGAUGUAGCUAAACACCGAAUGGCGAUUAGGCCCAAAAGAAAGCACGGCAACCCUCGCAGCAAAAAACCGCUGACUGUGACAAAUGCUCUUCCCGCGACGCCCGAAGUGAACGAAGAGCACUCGGGCCGGUCAACUUCGCCCGAAACCAAGCCUCAGACUGCCGACACAGCAGAUGGCACCACCACCAUCAGCACCGUCACUUCGAACACUAAAACCACCACCACUACCACCACCACCACCACCACCACUACCACCUCCUCCACCACCACAACUACAAACGACACGGUCAUCGCAACUGAGAUGCCGGACGUUGUUACCGACACAGCUCGCAUCGCCACUCCCUCGACGGCCGGGUCUUGUGACUUAGACACAUCGGUGGACGAGAUUUCCGUGGAGAACGUGCCGCGGCGCGAAGAGGGUUUUUUCCACCGCUUAUUGUCGCGCCGAAGCACCAAGAAAAAAGCUUCCGCGGCCGCCAAGUCCGCGUCCACCGAAGACGUGGACGUGGACCGGUUCCUGUUCGACGAGACGACGGGCGCGAGGCCGCGGCAACGCGAAGAACCUCCGCCGGCCGGCCGCAUGCAGCUGUCGUAUCCGCCCGACAUGCCGCCCGACCACCGUCCUCAGCAACACCGCGUACCGGCGGUACCGUCGGCGGUGGCUCACGCUGAGGACGUUUUCGAGCCGGACACGUUCGCGCCCAUCAAACAGUCGUUCAUUAUCGGACAGCAUCACUCGCACCACAUGGCCACCACGGACGACGAAGCCACGUCCAGUGGCGACGGGUCGUCCGUCCAGAAAUCGUCGUCGUCGGACAGCGUGUCCAGCGCCGCCCUGGACGAAUCCGUGGACUCGGCGGCCGCGGUGUCGAUGACGACGACGGCCGAACGGCACCGGAGUUACAGUUCGAGCGACUCGGAACACCAAGUCUGCGGCACCGACGGCGGUCACCAACACCUGCGCCCGGUGCCCGCCCCGCGACCAUCCAAACUGUACAACGGCGGAGGUGGCACCGCGGCCGACGUGGUGGUGCGCAGGAAGAAGCGCGACGAUCAACAGCAACCCGAACUGCUCAAAGUGUUCGCCCGGCGGUCGCUGAAGUUGGGUAAAGACGGCGAACCGGAAUUCCUGUUGUUGGCGGCCGAGGUCGACCGCGGCGAUGACGGUGACGGCGGCGACAAUAAGGCGACGACGCCCUCAAACGGCGAGUGGCCGGUGGAACAACAACAACAACAACAACAACAACAAGUGCCAUCCGAGGACCGCGUGGUCGUGGUUUUGGUGGACAACGAUAACCGCCAUGCCGAGCACGUGGUGGUGGACGUCAACGAGAACCAGACGGUUGCUGCGGCGACGGCGGCGGCGGCGGUCGAGGUCGUGCCCAAGUUCAAGCGCAUACAGCAGCGCCGGGAAGAGUGGGAAAAGCGGCUGUUGCAGCAACAGCGGAACUGAGCGGAAAACCCAACUUACGAGUUCUGCUCCUAAUUUCUCAUCCUCUCCACUUCCACUCUUUUCCGUUUGUUAUUAUGAUGUAUUUCACCUCCCCCGACCGACGGGGGGGGGGGGCUGUUAACUGUUUUCGAGCAAUACGAUAAGUAUAAUCGUUUUUUUUUUAUUAUUAUUAUUAUUCCUUUUCUAUAUAGAACGGUGCUAGAUGAUGGUUGUUUACUUUUUACCCGAGUAGCCUUAUGCGAGAGACUAUAAUACAAUUAAUGAUAUUAGGUUGUGACUUUCGUUAUUUUCGUUACAAUAAACACGUACCUUGUAAAAAUGCAAUAUAUAUAUUUUGAUAAAAAAAAAAAAACUUGAUAAUAAUAAUUUAACAGAUAUUACCAUUUUAUGAAUUUAAUG